AUGACAGAAAGUCAUAACCUGACAGGAUCCUGCGAUUACAAUAUAAACAAUUCACAGGUAUUUAUGUACAAAAAAUAAGAGCAAUAUUGAAAUAAGAGGAAUAUAAAUGUAGGAAUGUCAACAGAAUAUAGGAAAUCCGGAAGAGAAAAUCACUUUGAUAUAUGCAAAAUGGAUUUUAAGGAAUAAAAUUCAAAAUUUGGUAUAACUUUAUAUCGUUAAGUUGGAAAGACAUUUAUUAAAAAAAAUCAAAGUCCUGCAAAUAAGUUCAAAAUGCGGCCGCACAAAUUUAAACUACCUUGUGAUGUGGAUAGUUUUAUGCCAAGUGAUCAAAAAGUAGUGAUUGUCUCGGUAUUUGGCAAGUCUGAGUAUCAAGCUAAAGGAUACAAGAUGGAAAUGUUAAGUUCUAUACUUCAGUUAAGUCAUCUGGAUGAACUAGAGGUUAACGAAGAUUCUUGGAGUGAUAUUGAAGGAUAUUAUAAUCCUCGUGAGAAGACAGUUUUUUUACAUUUGAGAGGAUUCUUGGAUACUCAUACACUUAUGACUCAAUAUGACAAAUUUGUAGAGAAACAGGAACGUAAGGACUUUCUCAGUGUGUGGGCACAUAUGAGAGAUAAAUAUGCGAGAGCACUCCUAGUACUAUUUCAUAUAUCUCAUGUGAUUAUACUUACUCAUCCGACACACACAUUUGAUUACAGUUUUAUAAAUCUGUUUCGUGCUAUGGAUGUAGUCAGGCAGAAGAUUUCAGCACAACUUUCCGAUGUGUUAAACUCUAUUCCCAAUCUACCCAAAGAUUGGAUUGCAAAUGUUAGACCCUGUUCGCCACGAGUAUUGUUUUACUUUGAAACCUGUCCUAUAGCACUCCAAAAUCCAGACAGUGAUGCUAAUAUUAAAAAAUUAGAACAUUCGCUUGAAGAUCAAAUUUAUAAUAUGUUGAGGAAAAGUAGAAUUGUUACCAAUAUCAGUUCAAACUCCUUAUUUGCAAUACCAGCUAAUCAGGAAUUCGUGUAUGUACAUACCGGAAAUGCAAAUUCAAAGGAUAUGCUGGGUUUUCUGGCAAGAAAAUUAAUGCAAAGCUGCAAAACUAGUUCUGGCGCUUCAACAUCGAGAAGUCUCAUCAGUUUAGAUUCAAAUAGUAUCAUAACAGAUGAGACUGAAUCUCGCUCAUUUAAACUAUUUCUGCAACAACACAUAAACUUGGCUUUUGCAAAAGGGUUUGACGACAAUGUCGGUCGACACUCUAUACCAGCUUAUUUUGAAAUACCUACUUUAAAUAUAUUUGGUCAAGUAGCGAACAAGGUAUUCGAUUAUUUUGUUUAUGGAACCGACAAAGAACUGUUAACACUUCACAAUUUAUUAGACACUGAUGUGAAAUUCAGUAAAAGCCGAUGCAGCAAAGUGCUUCCAAGAGCUUUACAAGCAUAUCAAGAGAAUUUACCACAACAUUACACGAGAGCAUAUCACGAAUCAAAACUGGCGCAUGCGAUGGGAGUUUUCGAGAUGCACGCUUGCGGUCCGUUGUUUGAGGAAUUCAGUGAAAAAUUACAGGCCGAGUGCGACAAACAUUGGCGUGCUGGCAGACAAAUGUGCGAAGUAUUGUCACUUACCGGUCAUCCUUGUACAAAUCCCAUUCACAGGGGAGGUAGCGAAGGUGCUGGAGGUGGAGAGCAAACUGAACCUAGGGAGGAUGAUGAGGAACUACCUACCAGAGAACAUUGCAGCGGAGUUAGGUACGUGUGUGCUUGCAAUUGUGGUAGAAUUCAAGGCCCAAGAGAAGAUCCUUUCAGUCUACGACAGGCCAACUAUGACUACUUCCAAAUGCUAGCAAAACAAUGCGGUUGCGCGCAGUUGGAGAAUAUACAGUUCCCUGUGUUUCAACCUAGUACACACAACUACAGAGCAGCACAAUUAUUUUCAGCGACGAAACGCCACGAUUCCUUCAGUCGCAAUGGAUCUUCUACACCCCAAGAAGACAUGCAAGCCUGUAGUUUAGGAGCUGACAGUUUAAAUGAUUAUGGCAGUGGAGGUCAAUCGUCGAUGGCGAGCGAUCCGAUUGGAGAGGAUAUUCCCAGAUUGAGUGCCAAAACAAGUCUCACCCCGAGCGAUUCACACAAAGUUGUCAUAGAAGUCACUGAGAGCGACGCGGAAAACUCUAAAGACAAGUCUUUAGUUAGGCAACCAUCGACAACAGAAUAUUUGCCUGGAAUGUUACACACUGAAUCACCACCUGGAUUGUUACCACAAUUUUCUAGCUGGUCUUUGAUAUGUCUCGGACCAAGUAGCCUUUAUUCUCACAAUUUAGGAUUGCAGCAUCAAACUGGAAUAUUUCCUACCUCCGCGUUUCUACUACCAUGGGAUGUAACUGUCAGAUUGGAACAUCAGAAGGAACGUAGUAGUUCUUUGUGGCCUACAGUGGGCUUUACAGGAUCUGACCACGGGUCUCACGGAAAUUAUAAUUAUCUGCGAGGGAGCAAGAAUUAUCAUCAAAACAUUAAUACGGUUCGUGGUCGUAAAUCCAAGGGCGGCAAAGAAUUUGUGGUGAAAAUAUUUAUCGGCGUGGAAUAUGAGUGUCCACGCGGCCACAGAUUCAUGGCGUCAGCGCCCGAUAAGGUUCUUAAAACCACUGGAAACGGAAUAGUGAAAGAUAGUGGAAAUAAAGUGACAUCUAGCACAGUCGACAUGCCACUUUACUUUGCAUGUCCUUGCAGACAAACGAAACCAUUGGUCGCUCAAUUAAUGAGAAUCCACGUGGUCACGCCGAAGGCACCAGUACAUGUUACAUUAAACCCUCGUGUUCAACCUGGUCCUGCACCAUGUCCGAUAUUUGUCACAGGAUGUGAAGAGCUUAUCAAACUUUCACAAAGUGCAUAUUGGAUAUUAAGAUUGCCUUAUGUAUAUAUGGGUGAAAAAGGACCAUAUUUACCUCCUAAGGAACCAGUAUCUAUAUCUCAUGGACGAUUGUUAGCCGGGAUGUACGGUAUAAGUGAGGUUUUGCCUGAAAAGAAAUGAAGAGUGCGAAGACUGUGAUAUGAAAAUUUUACUAUAAAUAUGUUUGCGCAUAAUUUUUUUUUUAAUAUGACGAAUAAUCAAUUACCUUUUAAUUUAUGUACAUUCAAAAUUAUAUUCCCAUAAAUUUGUAUUUAUGAAAGAACAAAA